AUGGAAGAUAACAACUAUGAGCAGGAAAAUUUAAAGGAACAACAACAAAUGAGACGUAAAUUGGAGCAGGAGACCAAACUCUAUGGCAAAUGGUGUGAUGGAGUGAAUGAUGACAACUUGGUAUUUGAAUCGAAGAAUGGCCACCAGUUGCAGCAUGGAAAAGAGGAAGAGACUGCUAAAGAGAGACAACACAAUAAAACUGAAGAGCUACAGGAAGAGAGACAACUAACUAGAGAGAAUGAAAUACGUGAAAUGCGCAAUAUGCAAGAGUAUCACAUGAAUCAGCUAAGAGAACAGCGAAAAGACAUUGAUGAUCUGAAGGAAAAAGAAAAACAGUUAAAAGCCAAUUUAAAUGAAUUGGAAAAUGAGUUGAAGCUGUUGGAAGAAUCCUAUUCCAUUUUAUGUAAACCCAUUGAUGUAGGCAAUGCUUCUAACUUAUAUAAGGUCAGAAUAUUGAUGCGCAACAGAUCGGAAGUAUUUCGUAAUCAAAUUAAACUAUGCUUAAGUAUUUUGGAGAGAUCUACGAAAUUUGCUGAAAACUCACGAAUGAUAAACAACUUAAAGGACGAGUUGAAUCAACAAUUGAAUGUAGAAAAUCAUAAAUUUUCACAACUUGAAAACAUGCAUGAGUCCGACAUUAAGCAUCAUCUACAGCACAGCGAGGAGAUUUGGCAGCAAGAGAAUAAAGAACGUUACCAUAAACUCAAGAAGUUUAUCAUGGACGAGCAUCUUUCAAUAAAAACUUCUUUAAAUGAGAUAAUGAAAACACAUGAAGAAUUCUUGGAAAUAAGAGCUAAACAUUUGGGAAAUAUGGAAAAUUCCAGCGAGCAAUUAAAAUUUUUAAAACCGGAGGAACAUGCGCAAUUUUCACCACGACAUCAAUCUGCUAACAACAUUAUACAUAGUCAGGUAGAGGAGUCAGGCGAUUCAUCACUUUAUGCACCACGACGUAGUGGCUCUGUGAAUUCGCUGGAACUAGAUGAUCCUCAUAACCAAUUCGACAGUUCCAAACGUCAUAAUUGUCAAGAGACAUACGAUAACAAUAUGUCUCCCAGACCUAACGACGUCAAUCAAGUUUCAGGAUCAGUUACUAACUUAAACUUGGAUGUUUCGGAAAAUCAACAGACUCAUCUUUCUCACCUAGAAAUAGAAUGUGAAAAGGCAUAUGCCCAACGUUCGUUGCAAGUUGUCACAUCCGAAACGGAGGCAGAUCGUCCAAGAUUUGGUCGCAAACAUAUGGCCUUCGAUUAG